CAUACAUUUAAUAAUAAGCGUAGUAAUUUAUAAUAAACAUGUAGAUGUAUUGAAAUACAUUAUAUGCUUUUAACCGGUGAUAGGGUGAUUAUACAAAGAUACAAGGGUCCGCGUGGGCGAAUUACGUCAUACGCCCACCUGUAGCCGCGCACACGUAUAAAGCUUUAUAUGUGAUCGCAGUGUAGAUUAAAAAAACAAUUGUUACAAAUCGUUAAAUUUUGUUUGCAUUUGAAUUUACAUAUUAACAAACAUAUUUAACGUAAAUAUAUUUUAUACGUAUCGUUAUCGAUUUAAAUUUCUGAACUUUUAAAUAAAUUACAAAUAAUCAAUGAUAAUUUUUCGUUGUAUUAUUUGAUCAAUAUUGUUUUUCGAUGAAUUAAUUUAAAUAUGUAAUGUUUAAAAAUCAUUAUUAUAAAGCAAUUACUAUAUAAAUGGAAUAAUAUGGAAGAUAAAAUGCUAUGGAAAUGUUAUUAUGAAAAGGUCACGGGGUAGAUCGCAUAGAUCCCAGGGGUAGAAGGUUGUUUCGGCCGCACCCCGGCAUCGCGACGUCAGUCGAUGUUCCAACGUGGCUCAACAAGUACACGCGGUAGCGUGCAGUUAGUUCAAAUAUUUUAAAAUGUUUCACACAAUAUAAGUUGGUUAUUCCUUUAUUUUAUUGAAAAAUAUAUUGAAGAAAAGCACAACAAACAAGUAUUACUUCAGAAAUAUCAAUAUUGUUGCAGUUAUUUGUUCACUGAACAAAUAAUAGUAAAACAUUACAUUAGCAAACUGUAAGUACAUAAACAUAAUUUUGACAAUAUUUUUGUUGGUAUCAAAUAACUUGUCUUUUUAUUUAAUUAAGGAUAUUUGUUCAUAGAUUGAUGUGAAAUACUGUUUACUAAAUCAUUUCAUCUAUUAUUUAAAAUUCAUUAUGAAUACUAAUGAAGUUAAAUUACUGAUUAUGUUUAAAAAAAAGAAAAGCAGAAGAUACUAUCGGUAAUGUUAAUUCAUACAAUAAUAAUUGUAUUAUUAAUUUUGAAAGGAAUAUUUUUGAAUGACAUCCAAAAUAAUGAAUGGGGAUAAGUGGGAGGGAAAGUGGCCUAAACAGCAAUCGCAGGCUAAUAAAACAGUAAGAAGGAAUAUUAGGCGAAAUGAAAAGUCUGGAUUAAAAUUAGCAAAAUCCUCUAGAGGAACAACACCUAGAGAGAGAACUCUUAGAAGACUGGAGAGUAAUGAAAGAGAAAGAAUGAGAAUGCACAGUUUGAAUGAUGCAUUUCAGUCAUUGCGUGAAGUAAUUCCACAUGUAACUAAGGAACGACGGUUAUCCAAAAUUGAAACAUUAACUCUGGCAAAAAAUUAUAUAGUUGCCCUGACAGAUGUGAUAUGUGAAAUGAGAAAUGAAGAAAAAGCUACAGAUCAGCGAAUAGAAGUUUCAGAAUCUCAGGAAUCAUCCAAAAAUAUGAAUAUUUGUCUAAAUAUGAAUAUUCCAAUUCCUUCAAAAUCUUGUAGUUAGGGAACUUUUAAUUUUUAUCAGAAUCAAAGAUUUAUGAAAGAACACAAUUCUAAGAAUAAUGCAGGCCUAUAAAAUGAUGAAAAUUAUUUUUUAACACCGAAAUUGGUUUCAAUAUUAAAACUACUUCAAGAGUACUCUGAUUGAAUUUGUCAAAGCUUUAUAUAAUUUAUAUAUUGAAAAAAAAAGAAGAAAGUAACUUAUAUAACUUAUAAAUUAAUGUUUAAUUUAAAUCCUCUUUUUUUUUCAAUUUAUUUAUACAUUUUAGAAAGAUUAUAUAAACUAUUGUGCCAAAGAAUACUGAUAUUUUCAUAUUAUAAAAUAGUAUUAUAGUAUUGAAAAAGAUUAAUGUUAGUGGAUGUGUAUAUGAUAUCAAAAUAUUUUCUGAAAUUAUUUUAUAAUUGUGAAAUGCAUGGUAUAUUGUUCCAAAAUAUUAAAUCAAAUACUGUUGAUG